AUGUCCACAGGCGCCAUCGCCGUCGUCCUCGCCCAAACGCCCAACCGCUUCGACGGCCUGCAAACCAUCGGCAAGAUCUUCUUCAUCCUCGACCUCAUACUCUUCGCCCUCUUCAACGCUAUGAUGGCUACGCGCUUCAUCCUCGUCCCUGCGAAGCUCACUGCAUCCUUACACCAUCCUGUUGAGGGGCUAUUCUUUGGCGCAUACUGGGUCAGCGUCUCGCUCAUAUUGAACUGCAUGCAAGCGUAUGGCGUGCCUCAUACCGGACCCUGGCUUGUAAAAGCAAUAGAAGUGCUGUACUGGAUGUACGUCGGUACUGUACUGCUGGUGGCGGUCUUCCAGUACUACACUUUCUUUCAAGAGGAGAGGUUGGCUGUGGAGAAUGCCUUACCGGCGUGGAUCUUCCCUAUCUACCCAUUGCUGGUUAUUGGACCUAUGGCUGGGACUUUCAUACCGAGUCAGCCGCAGAGCGCGGCGUAUCCCAUGUGGGUGAGCGCAGUAAUGCUACAGGGUCUUGCAUGGACGGUGGCACUGAUGAUGUAUACAAUAUACACGCUGCGACUCAUGUCCAGCGUCCUACCUCCUCCGCCUACUAGGCCGGGGAUGUACGUCAGUGUUGGGCCAGCCGGUUACACAGCAGCCGGCCUCAUCUCCCUAGGUACCCGCGCUCCCAACAUCCUCCCCCCACACGUCUUCAACAUGUCUUCCUCCCUCCCCGACGGCGACAUCGUAAAAGUCAUGGGCAUCAUGUCCGGGACUUUCAUCAUCCUCUUCGCCCUCUGGUUCUUCUUCAUCUCCACCGUCGCCGUCAUAUCCGGAAGCAAAAGAAUGACCUUCACCCUAAACUGGUGGGCGUUCGUCUUCCCCAACGCUGGGUUAACGUUAGCGGCGAUUCAGGUUGGGAAAGCGUUCAAUAACAGUGCUGGUAUCAACGGCAUUUGUAGCGCUCUGACGAUUAUGCUUGUCAUCAUGUGGUUGUUCACGGCCGUCUUUCAUAUCAAAGCGCUAUGGGAGGGGAAGCUUUUGUGGCCGGGGAAGGAUGAGGAUAAGGAUAUGAAGUUUCAUCGGGGGGAUCGUAGGGUGCAUACUGGUAGAACUGGGUUUUCUUGGGGAAGGCAUGGUACAUAG